AUGUUCAGUACCUACUGUGGAAACCGGGAAAAUUUGAAACUAGCCAGACCCAAGCUUCGCUGUGACACUGAUGUCGCCAGACCAGUUAAAAUCCUUGUCCAAGCGCUUGGUGGACGGAAUCACUUGUAUAACAUUCGCCAACUUACAUCAGUGCUGCGAGAUGACACCAAUGUUGAACACCGGCAGGAUGCUCUCAGUGCAGAAGAUUACCAGAAGCUCAAGGUUACCAUGAAAUAUUGCAGAGAAUGCAUCGGGUUUUCCCAAUUUGUUAUGCUCAAAGAGCUGUUAGAAAGCCCACUCUCCAGAUCGAUGACUCAGUGA